AAAUGAUGUCUGCCUAUGGCGGGAAUAGUAUAGCAAGAUGAAAAUAUAGCUGUUUUUUCCAGGGAAAAUGCCUUGGAAUUAUGUUCAAUGUGAUUUCAAAACCAAGAUUGAUGUUUAGGCGACACACGUGCAAGAUUUGGUAUGGAUUCGACAGCGAAAAAAGACAGAAAGAGCGCCGACAUUGUCGACGACACUGAUGUGGAUAUUGAAAAGAACAAAGCAAGCAAGAAAGCCAAGCAAGGAGAAAUAAAGGGUUUGCUGAGUUCAGUGAUUGCUGAUGAGAUUAAAGGAUCCUCUCGUCCUCCUUCUCCUGCCAGCUUUUCACUGGAGGGUCGCAAACCUGCAGAGAUUUUUCGCACUGAUCUGAUAAGUGCAAUGAAACUGCCAGAUCAUCAGAAUUUAAGUCCAGAGAACUAUGUAACCAUAUCAGAUCAAUGGAGACAAGAAUGGGAGAGAGGUGUACAGGUUCCUGUUUAUCCAGAAGGGGUUUUUCAGCCAUCAUUUAGAAUGGUGGAAACUCCUUACAAGAGAUCAGGGAACUUCAAGCUGCCAGGAAAACUACUUUCAACUCCAAGCAAAACACGAGGUAGACCACCAGGGUCAAGGUGUCCGUAUGACUUGGGAAGAAUGGAUGUAGAAUGGUUAAUAACUUUAAAUAGAUCUCGGCGGAACAAAGGUUUGAUGGAAUUAGAGGAGUCGACUAUGGAAAAGGCUUUGGCAUACAUCGAGAACAAGUGUUAUGACAACAUGGGGCAUGCUAUAGCCACUCAAGAAGGACUUAGUAUUGAAUACGAUGAGGAUGUCUGCUGUGAUAUCUGCCAGUCUCCUGAUAGUGAGGAAUUAAAUGAGAUGGUGUUCUGUGAUUCUUGUGACAUCUGUGUCCAUCAGGCGUGUUAUGGAAUCCAGAACAUUCCAGCUGGUAGCUGGCUUUGUUAUCCAUGCCUUAAGGGUUUCAAGAAUUGCCAGUGUAUAUUCUGCUCUCUCUCUGGUGGUGCAAUGAAAAGAACUAAGAAUAACAAAGGUUGGGCACAUGUUAGUUGUGCCUUAUGGAUUCCUGAAGUUGGGUUUGGAAAUGUUUCCAAAAUGGAACCAAUCAACAGAAUAGAGAACAUUCCGGCCAGCAGAUGGAAUCUAGUGUGUUCAUUGUGCCGUGACAAGGUUGGAGCUUGUAUCCAGUGCACAGUUAAAACUUGUGUGACAGCUUUUCAUGUGACAUGCGGGUUCAAGCAUGGUCUUGAAAUGAGGACUGUGUUGGAUGACACUGCCACAGAUGGUGUCAGACACAUUAGUUAUUGCACCAAACACAGCCACAAAAGCAAAUCACCCAACAAGAAAACUAGGGACGAGGACACAGGAACUCCCUCAACCUCAGAGGAUGCAGAGAAUUUGAGACAGAAGAGACUGAAGCAAAUGGAGGAAGAGUUUUACAAGUUUGUUACCCCUGCCGAGAUUGCGAAAGACCUCAACCUUCCCAAAGAAUUGGCUACCAAGAUACAUAAGUACUGGGCGCUCAAGAGAAAGGCACAAGACGAUAUUCCUCUUCUGCCACCCACCCUCCAACAACAGGAAAAACUCUCAGGGAAACAGGGCGCCGUUAAUUCCUCCACCAAUCUUCAGGCACAGUUAGAGAGGAUUCUGAAAUUACGGUGCAACCUCGAGAAGUUGCGCAACCUGUGUUACAUGGUGACCAAGCGAGAAAAGAUGCGGCGCGAGUUGUACCGCGCUCGGGAGGAAGUAUUCUGGCAAGAGCAUGCGGUGCUGACGGACGACUCCUCUGACCUGGAUGACAACGCUGUACAACGGGUGUUAACCAUGUGUAAGGAUAACUUCAGUGGUGACGGCAGCCUCCCCGCUGCAGUAGAAGGUGGCUGCCCGGCAGAGUCUGCUCUGUCCUUUAGAGUUAGCAGUACGGCGGAUUCUUCCAGUACGACCAGCAGCUCGGGAGACUGUUCCAGCACAGAGCAUAGGUCCGUGAAUGGAGGUGACUCGGGAGGUGAGGCCGCUGAUGAAGAAGAAACCGAGGAGAGUGAAACAGAAGAAGAUUUGUUCUCGUCACCAGCAAGGAGGACGAGAAGUAACAGUCUUCUUGUCAAUCCGUCUUGCUUGUCGAUAGAUUCUGCAGCUGGCUCCAUUAAAGAACCAGAGAGUAUAGCCAGCGGAGUUAUCGAAACUCCAACUAGAAAAAGAACUAGAGAAAAGACGCAAACCUCCCCUGAAGCGAGUGCGUCCACGCCAAAGCGUGUUCUUAGGAAUACUGUACGAGAAUCAGAAGAACCUGCCGUAGAACACGAUAGCAUUGAGUCUGAGACACCACGGAGACGAAAAAUUCGACAUUUGUCUUUUCCAAAUGAUGUGACAGACAAUAUAGAAGCUAAUGAUAAAGAGACAAUUGAGUCGACCGAGGAAGAUGGUGCUGUAUCACAGAACUCGCGCACUAGAUUUACUCGAACAGGAAAUAUAUCAGGAAAAACAAAAACAGCUGAGAUCAGAAGUGAAGGAGAAAUGUCAGAGAAAUCGGAAGUGGAUGAGGAAAGUCGCAAAGAAAACGAUCCGCUUAGACAAGAAAACAUGGUUGAAUUUGAUAGGCCAGUUAGAACAGUGAGGGAAGCGAAACGAAAACGGUCUAAAAGCACAACAGCGAUUGACGAUGACAGGAGAGGUAAGCAAGCUCGAAUAACGGAGUUCAUGGGGCGAAAAUCUCCCAACAGGAAGGAUUUGAGUGCUCCAAAAUCACCGCGAACACGAGCGAACAGAAGAAAAAGCGAUUCUGAAGAAAGCGACCGAGUUGCAACAGACUCUGAUGCGGAUAAUUCCAAACGUGCUCCCUCAUCAAGGUCGUUUACUAAUGGAAGAAAGACCUCAAGCGCCAACAGUUCAUGUCCUCACUGCAAGCUUCAACACGAUAAACUUACCAAGUGUAGCUGGCGUUACAAGGAAGGCAGCCACACGGCCGAGUGCGAGGAUAACUGGAAUAGAAGGGAACUACGGUUAAGAAGCUUCCAGUCGCCCAAAUCUCGUGCGCGAUGUUCGAGUGUUGUAUCACCAAAGCCGCAUUGUUGUGGAAGUCUUAUGUCAAAGUUUUGUCACGCAACAGUGACAUAAAAUUGUUAUUUCAACUAAUUAAGGUCAAUAUUUGGUUGUGGGUCUUGGAGGAACCUGGGCGUACCAUAAAUGGUAAAGGUCCGUGAACGGAUAUCGUGUAACAGGAAGGCCCGAUUCAAAUGAGCAGUCUUUCGAAUACGCUUUAUGAAACCGUCGUCCAC